AGAAUUACUUUUUAUAUUUUGAGAAAUUUCGGUGGACGGAGAAACCACGUAUUCGCUGAACAUUAGUGGCAGUAUAUUAAGAAACCACGUGGCAUAUUUGAAAAGUCCCCAACCAUGUCCCAAUAAUUAGGGAGUGAAUUGCUAGAACUCUCCCAUCUGACCAUCUGGGUUUCAAUCAUCCAUGGCCACCCGGCUAGCGAGAAAGCUGCCAUCAUCGUUCUCGGCGUUUUCCUCAUCUACGAUUACCAAAUUGACGUCGGGCAUCUCACCUCCGUCGAUGAGCCAUGGCGGACCCGGACUCAGGUGUGCCUCCUCUUCCUCUUCCUCUUCCUCAUCAACAACAACGACUGGAUCAAAUUCUUCAUCUUCUAAGCGUGAGAAGAAGAUAACAGACCGUCUAUCAGCCGUCAUAGACGCCGUCAACGACCGUAAACUCCCUCCCGAGCUCCGUGGCCAACGCAACAACGUUAGAUCGGAAACCGACAUCAUCAACGUAGUUGAGCAAAGAAUAUGGCAUUCAAUGGAAGAGGGUCAGUUCGAGAAUUUAGCAGGGAAAGGUAAACCUCUUAACCUUAACACAAAUCCUCAUGCAGAUCCAGCUGAAGACACCCUUUAUAGGAUACUCUCGAAGAACGGAUGUGCUCCGGAGUGGGUAGAACUUAACAAGGAGAUCAGGAACAAAGUAUCCGAAUGGCGAGUCGCUUUGAAGAAAGCAUGGACAAGCAAAUGCAAUGGAAAUGAUGAAGAAAAAUGGAUUGAGCGUUGUGAAUCUUUGAAGAAGCAAUUACGUGACAUUAACGAUAAGGUUUUCCGGUAUAAUUUGAUUGUUCCGUUCGGCCGCCAAAUGUUCGGAUUGAAAUGGGAAAAAGAAGUGGCCCGCCUUGAAGAAUAACUAGAACAAGGAAAGGUCUUCAUGUGAGUCGGAGGAUUCAUGGAAAUCACCUUUUAGACCCAGCUUUUAGCCCGGCGAUUUCUCUAGGCGUCUUCGAAUUUUUUAUUUUUAGUUUAGAACAAGUGUUUAGAACAUUCAUCAAAGCAUUUAUUUGUUUUCUUUUGCAAAA